GAAGGAGCAAAGGGGAAAGAGGAAGCCAUGCUCUGAUGCGCCGCGGUGCGCCGAGGGGGCCGUGCAGCUGGCCUGGGUCCCUUGAGGAGAUUGCAGGGGAGGAGGAAGGUAGGACUUUUAUUUUCAUACACUGCAGGAAGUCUCUCACAUUUCACUUUCUCUAAUUUGCCACCACUUUCCUCUUUUUUCUGCAGAGAGCCCAGGAGCUCCCCCCCAGCCCAGCCUCUCUCGUUGCCACUAGUCCAGGUGAGACAGGACCCCCCCCAGGAUGUCACAGGGUGUGACCUAUGCUGACCUGCGCUUCGUGAGGACCCCUCCGGAGAAGAGCCAGGAGAAAGACCCCAGCGAGGGGGAGCUGACCUAUGAGAACAUCCAGGGCCCCCCCUGCCAGGAGAAGAGGACCCCCACCCCCACCGAGGCCACGAAAGAAUCAGACCAUCGGACCUGGUACGCCAUCCUGGCAUUGUUGGCCGCCUGCCUCUUCCUUCUCACCGCCGCCAUAGGACUGGGGGUCCGAUACUGGCAGGUCUCACGGCAGCUGCAGCAGGCGACUGAAGAUGGCAGUGCCCUGGAACGGAGAAUGGGCUCCCAGGAGGGCAGCCUGGCCCAGACCCAGGCCCAGCUGGAAGAGGCCCAGGAGGAGCUCCACUCCACCAACCGGACCCUCUGGAACUGCCUGGCUGCUGGGAACAGGACGCAGGAGCAGCUGAGAGAAGCCAACCAGAGCCUGACGCUCACGCAGAAGGAGAAGGAGAAGCUGCAGCAGGAGAAGGAGGAGUUACAACGGGAUAAGAAAGAGCUGGAAGAGGAGAAAAAGCAGCAGCAAGAGGACAAAGCAAGGCUGCAGGAGGAGAAGGAGACUGUUCAGCAGCAGUUGGAGGAGAUGGGGGGGAAACUGGAGCUACUUAUAACUUGCCAACAGAAGGACUGCUGUCCCCGAGGAUGGAAAUUCUUUGGGUGGAAAUGCCUGCGGAUUUCAAGGGAAAUGAAGAGUUGGUGGGACAGCCAGAAUGCCUGCAAGAGUGAAUCAUCUCAGCUGCUUGUUUUAAAGCCCUGGAGUGCAAAAGAACUAUGGGAUGCCACAUUCAUUGAUAAGAAAACUCAAUACUGGAUUGGACUUAAAAAAGUCCGGCAACCAGAGUCCUGGAAAUGGGUUGAUGGUACAGGCUAUGAAGGAACUGAACAUAUUGGGACUUGUAGGGAUACAGGCUACUGCAUUCAAAUGAGCCGAGGAGCCCUGGAAGAGUGUUCCUGUUGGAAUGUAAAGAGAUUUAUCUGCGAGAAGGAAGCCAGCCCUGACCAGCCAUUGUAAGCUCAGUAGGGCCAAAGUACGUACAAAGACCCCUGACAGGCAAGACCUUCUCUGAAGGAGCCAGCAUGGCUUUUUCCAGCCAUGAACCCCCUUCCUGCCAUCACCACUAGCAUAUUACGAGAGAACAACCAAAGCACACUCCCCUCUAAUUGUCAAAACAAUAAAAUAAAUGUUCAUCAAUACACAAUGUGGGCACACAUACAAAUCAUGCAGUGGUACCUCUGGUUACAAACUUAAUUCGUUCUGGAGGUCUGUUCUUAAGCUGAAACCGUUCUUAUCCUGAGGCGCGCUUUUGCUAAAGGGGUUAGGGUAGAGUUUCUCUGGUGCGCGUUAUCUGUUUGCAUCCUGGGGCAAAGUUCGCAACCAGGAGCAGCUACUUCCGGGUUAGCAAAAUUCGUAACCAGAAGUGUUCAUAA